GAAGACACAACUCAUUGACCUUUUCUUCUUACUUUGGCCUUCUAAAAUUCUUUCUAACCUUAAAUUCAGUUGGUCCGUUUCUUCAGUCUCUUCUUCUCACAACAAACUCAUGCUAUUCAAUUCUAAUUCAUUCUGACUAUACAUCUAACCUAGAUCAAGGUACAUGAGGCAAGAAAAAUGCUAUAGUGGGAUUUGUUGACACCGGCAUGUAUGUUCCAUCUGUGAGGAAGUCCACUGUGCGUAGUGUCACGCCGAGGGUCAAGAUGUGUUUUCAGGAACAGAAGACAUUUAUAACCAUGUCAUCUCUUGAGGUGUGCUGGCCAGUGCCAAUGCGAGCCAUCGGAGCGCAGAAUCUCCUCACUAUGCCUGGAGGUGUUUGUAUAGCAGGGUACCUCCACAAGAAGGGAGCCAGCCAGUUUAGUCUCCUGAGAUGGCCAUUACGGUACAUCAUCAUCCACAAGGGCUGUGUGUACUACUUUAAAAGUAGUACGUCUCCUGCACCACAGGGAGCAUUCUCUUUAAAUGGUUAUAAUAGAGUGAUGAGAGCAGCAGAAGAGACAACGUCUAACAAUGUUUUUCCAUUUAAGAUGAUCCACUUCAGCAAAAAACAUAGGACGUGGUAUUUUUCUGCAGCUAGUGAAGAUGAGAGAAGGAGAUGGAUGAGGUCCUUACGACGGGAAAUUGAUCAUUAUAAUGACAGGAAAGAGUCACAUAUUCCAAGUGACUCAGAUUCAGAUGCGGAGAGUUUUUAUGGGACCAUUGAGAAGCCUAUGGACAUUAAACACCCAAUCAAUAAUGCAGACAAUGAUUAUGUUGAAGACGAUGACGAUGAAGAUGAGGAAGAUUAUCUGAAGCCAGAUGGUGACUGUUUGCCAACAUCUACAGGUCGACCCACUGGACCUCCACCCUCUUACCCACCUCCUCCUGUUCCAGCGAUACCCCAGCAACAUCUAGGAUCUUGUGUAGCAAUCCAUAAAGGCCUGCCACCUCCAGUACCAUCACAUUGCAGAAACCUAACAGGCACAAAUCCCAAAAAACCCUUGCCCGCAAUACCUCCUCCCAUUCUGAAACGCCCAAACAAAAGUCCACCUCCUCCACCCCCCUUUUCCUCACAGCUGCAAAAUCACCCCUCUCCUUUCCCACCACCCCUUCCUCCCCCAAACUCACAGUGGCCUCCUAAAAGCAGGACACAAUCUGCAGUUGGGCCGGGGACUGGGAAUAGACGUUCGAGGCCUCCAUCAGCUGUAUCACUCCAAACCCCCGCCACGCUACCCAUCUGUAACCAACUAGAGACUAGGAUGAUUGUCACUGAAUUAGACCACUGCUCUCGUGAGGACGGAAAAGUUCCUAUCAAGAAUCACCUCACACAAACAAGCAAACUCCGCGGCAAGCCAAGCCAAUCAGUGACCACAGCUGAAAAUUUUGAAGGUCCAGUUUCAAAACUGCAAACGACAAACCAUCUGUUACCAACUCAGACACCCUCCAACUACCCACCACAACCCAAUCACCCACCUCGAUCCCCUCUUCUUCAGACUGUACAUCAGAAUAGGAAUACCAAUUCAACUAAAGUUCCACCAUCAGUAAAGCCUCCAGUGCCUGCACCUAAGCCAAGACAUCUGGGCACACUCCUUCAAAGAACAGAUCCAGAAGGUCAAAGUUUCCGUGCAUCAGGAGAAAGGUCUGCUAUGGAGUUCACAAAGAAACGAGACUUUACCACGUGCUCGGAAGGAUAUGAUCAAGAUUACGAUAAUAUGCAUCUCCCAGACUCUGUUUUCAUUGACUCAACGGAAACCAGCUUUGUGGAGAAAUUAUUUAAGGAGCGCUCCGUUCUCCUGCAAAAUGGACUUUAUGGCAUCAGAAACUCUGGAACCAAAACCUCCAAGGUGCUGGUGGUAUGGGAUGUAACCUUAGGCAAAGCUAGAAACUACAGGCUGUUUGAAGAGGGUGAACAGGUGUUUCUGGACUGUGAUGUGACCUUCCCCACUCUUUCAGCACUGAUCGAACACUACUAUAGCCAUCCACUUCCUCACCAGAGUUCCCUUUUCCUACAGAUGCCUUACUCAGGUUAAUCCAGAGAGGAGAGAAAACUUGCAAUUUUGAAAUGCUGACUGUGAUGCAGAGACACAUGUGAUUAAUAAUUGCAGUAACUAAGAGCUAAAAAGGACUCUUUCAACCACAACUACUGCAUACAGUACUGUACAGUAAUUGGUCAGUUGUCGGAAAUGUUUGGAUCAAUGUAGCACUUUAAAAUGUGUUAACAGAAGCAGGUAUAAGAUUGACUGACAUGUUGUCCCUUUUUUUCGAUAGUUAAAAUUGUCCAUCCUUCAUAGUCAGAAAAAAAAUACAAGAUGAAAAAGUAUCACCCUCAAGAGUCCACUCAAAAUACUGUACAUUCAUUUGUAAAAUACUAUGCAUUCAUUUGUUUGGUGGACAAAUGUGAAAUUUUGUCUUUACGUUUUUGUAUGGUUUUCACUGAAUGUUCAUGUUGAGAAAUAUUUCUCUUACCAGGCACAAUUUUCAAUGUGUCUGAGUGGAUUUUUUUCAUACUUACUUUACUUUACUUUCGAACAUACUUUUUUUUUUUUCAAUUUAAGUACCUGAUAAUGGCUGUUUUAGAUUAGCUAUUUUGGUAUUAGAUUAGCUACUUUUUUAUACUUUUUAUUUUAUUGCUGAUGAUCCCUAUAUAUUUAUAUUUACUGUUCCUGAUGUAUGUUGAGGUGUAUUUUUUUUAACGUGUAUGUGUGCAUAUGUCAAUAUGAAUAUCAUUUUCUAAGAUGAAUUAAAAUGAGAGA